AUGAAGCUUCAAAAAAGUUGCAGCACGAGCGACGUGCUAGAUAACUUCGAAAAGAAGCUAAACAAAAAUUACAAAAUGUUUGAGGAGGAGACUAUACAGAAGAUGCAUAACGAGUAUGAGGAUCGCCUGAAGGAGAAGGCGAAGGUGAAGGUGAAAAGGAAGGAGGCGCGGGGAAAGAAGAGGUCGCACAGAGAGGGUGAACCGAAGGAAGAAGCACUGAGUGGAGAUGAACCAGACGAAACGAACGAAGAGAACGAAACAGACGAUGCGAAUGAAGCAGACGAAACAGACGAUGCGAAUGAAGCAGACGAAACAGACGAUGCGAACGAAGCAGACGAUGCGAAUGAAGCAAACGAAACAGGCGAUGCGAACGAAGCAGACGAAACAGACGAUGCGAACGAAGCAGACGAACGAACCACUUUCCGCGAUCUGAACAUCUGCGAAGAAAUCCUGCAGAGCAUAGACGAGCUGGGAUGGAAAAAGCCGACCGCCAUCCAGCGCAAAAUGUUACCCUGCGCUUUCCAGCAGAGAGACAUUAUCGGCCUCAGCGAAACAGGCAGCGGAAAAACGGCUUGCUUCAUAAUACCCAUCCUGCAGGAGCUCCGGCAAAAGAGGCAAAGCUUCUUCGCCUUGGUCAUUUCACCCACCAGAGAACUCUGUAUACAAAUAGCACAACAUUUUCAAGCCUUAGGAUCAAACUUACUUGUUAAUAUAUGCACCAUAUUUGGAGGUGUCGAUAUAGUUACUCAAUCUUUGAAUCUCGCGAAGAAACCAAAUAUCAUUGUAAGUACCCCAGGGAGAAUUCUAGACCAUCUGAACAACACGAAAGGGUUUAAUUUAAAAAAUUUAAAAUACCUUGUGUUUGACGAAGCGGACAAAUUAUUAUCCCUCGACUUUGAGGCAUCCAUCAAUAAGCUCUUGCUCAUUCUUCCACAAAAAAGAACCACAUUUUUAUUCUCUGCCACCAUGACCAAAAGUGUAGCGAAAUUGAAAAAGGCGUCCUUGAAAAAUCCAAUCAAAAUUGAAGUGUCAAAUAAGUACAGCACCGCUAGCACUCUUAUCGAAAAUUAUAUAUUCAUACCGUUAAAGUACAAAUACACCUACCUCUGUAGCCUGUGCUUCCACUUUUCAUCCAGAUGCAUUAUUAUCUUCGCAAACACCUGUGCCACAGCCCAGAAGAUAAAUUUCUUCUGCAGAAAUUUAGGGCUAAAAUCCAUAUGUCUUCAUGGCAAGUUAACACAAAACCAGAGAUUGAGCAGUUUGAAUUCUUUUAAAAGUAAGCGUUACAAUAUUUUAAUUUCUACGCAAGUAGGUGCUAGAGGAUUGGACUUAAAGGAUAUCAAAAUUGUUAUAAACUUCGACCUCUGUUCAUGUAAGGAGUACAUCCACAGAGUUGGAAGAACCGCUAGAGCGGGACGUACGGGAAAAUCCAUCACCUUCGUGACUCAAUAUGAUGUGGAAAAUUUUCUAGCCAUUGAAAAAAUGCUGAAUAAAAAAAUUGACAAAUUUAAUGAGCUCGACGAAAACGACGUGCUCCUCUAUCACGAGCAAACUGUCGAGGCUCUUCGCCUGGCAGACACAGAGAUGAAGGAAAACCAAGAUCUCUACCGCAGGGGAAAAUUCAAGAAAGUUCGCCGAUGA